AUGACGGAGGCGAUGAUAAGGAAGAAGCCAGGGAUGGCGAGUGUGAAGGAUAUGCCGUUGCUUCAGGAUGGUCCACCACCGGGUGGGUUUGCGCCGGUCCGAUAUGCUCGUCGGAUCUCCAACACGGGUCCAAGCGCCAUGGCCAUUUUCCUUACCGUUUCGGGUGCCUUUGCUUGGGGGAUGUACCAAGUCGGUCAGGGCAACAAAAUCCGCAGAGCGUUAAAGGAAGAGAAAUACGCUGCCCGUAGAGCAAUUCUUCCCAUUCUUCAAGCAGAAGAAGAUGAAAGGUUUGUGUCUGAGUGGAAGAAGUAUCUAGCUUACGAGGCUGAUGUGAUGAAGGACGUUCCUGGAUGGAAAGUUGGUGAAAACGUGUAUAACUCUGGUCGUUGGAUGCCUCCAGCUACAGGGGAGCUUCGUCCUGACGUCUGGUAA